AUUAGCAGAUUAGACAUAAACAUUGCAAGAAUAAUUGAUUUUCAAUUAUUCUUUUCUCAAAAAUUACGCGUUUCCGUAUAUUGAGACUUUGUGUGUGUGCUUAUAAUAGUGUAAUCUUUCUGUAAAAAUACGUAUCAACACCAAACUCCACUGACGUCAAUGGAAAGCUAAGCCGUGAUCUUUCCCACUUGCAAGUCUGUCACAAACAUUUUGAAUCUCGUUUUGUUACUGGAAAAAUCACAUAUUAUAAAGAUUAUAAAUUUAUACAACGCUGUUCCUGGAAUCUGAGCUCAGCACUGGCAUUCCAUUAAACCGUUCGGAGGGCAUUCAAAAUGUGAAUGCUCCUGAUGACCAUCAGCAUGCGAUGAAAAGGCAUUAUGACCACACCUAUUUUAAAACAGAAGUGUUAGAAUCAUACCCACACAUGAUGCCAAUAAACACAGAAAUGCAGCCGUCUGCAUCCAAAGUAAGGAUUAUGGACUUCACAAUUCCCAAGGACCUUCAAGCUGAAGGAAGUUUCCAAGAAAAAGAUAAGGAUGCGAGGCACAGCACAUUCCAAGUCAAUAUGAAGCUAUGUAAUAUAUAAACUCAAGUGCUGUAGAGAUCUGCUUAGAUUAUAAUUUUUUAAUAUUGUAUAUAUUAAUAAAUUAUUAAAUUUGUGAACAAAAUUAUUGUAAAGUAAAAAUUAAUAACGAAUAAAAAAAUAUUAAAUUUCAUCAUUGUUUCGAAAGUGUUUUAAUAUAAAAUUUCGAUCAUUUCUUAGAUUUGGUUUGGUAUAAACGUAAAUAAAUAAAUACUCCUCCCCAUCUGUCAUCGGUAAUUUCAACAAAAGACCACCCUCAUGUUUAAAUAUGGAUAGUGAUAAAGAUAAAUCGAUAGACAGAAGUGAUGGAAGUGAUUCGGAAGUCAUACGUAUAUGUGAAUUAGAACUAAAGCAAAUUGAAGAUCGAAGAAUAACUCGUGUGGCUAAAAUGGAACAGGCGAACUCUGGGUUCACUACCCGAAAGUCUGAAGUGAGAUCGGAGAAGAGAAAAGCACGUGAAGAAGAUACAAACAGCGAAGAUGAUUAUGUGACAGUUGAGAAAAGAAGACCGAAACGACUCUUAAGAAGUAUUUCAACAGGACAGGGACAAAAGACAACAUCGAAAGAAAUCGGAUCUAAAUAUGAGGUUUGUGUUACAUCAUUUAAAGAAUUACCAAAACAAAUGGCGUUAGCUAAAUUAUUACGAAGUGAGAAUAUUCAGAAUAUUGAAACAAUCAAAUAUAAGUCUCCUUUCAAAGUUUUGAUUUGUUUUCAAAGUGAUAAUGAUGCGGAAAAAAUGAUUAGUUGUAAAAAAUUUCAAGAUUUAGAGUACAAAUGUCAAAAAACGUUUGAAACCACGGUUUCUUAUGGAUUGAUCAGAGGUGUGGAUUUGGAGUUUACUGAGGAAGAUAUUUUAGCAAUUUUGAAAAGUGAUAUCAAAAUAUUGGCGGUAAGACGACUUAAACGACUAGAUUUAAAUAGCAAGUGGGUCGAAAGUGAAACUGUAAGGAUAUGCUUUCAAGGCACUAUUUUACCUCCUUAUGUCACGGCAUAUGAGUAUAAUUUCAAAGUGGAAAACUACACUUUUCCAGUAACACAAUGUACCGGAUGCUGGAAAUUCGGACAUAUUAUUAAAGCAUGCCCGACUAAAAAAAUCUUAUGUCCAAAAUGUGGUAGUACAGAACACAUAAACUGUGAUCUAAAAACAUACAGGUGCCUCAAUUGUAAAGGAUUACAUUUCGUUUUGGAUAAAAGUUGCCCUAUGUAUCUCAAAGAAAAAGAAAUACGUAUCACUAUGAGUAAGGAAAAUAUAACUUACAGAAAAGCUCUACAAAUGAUUAUAAAUAAAAGUCAAAUAGAAAUGAGCGAAAACUUAAAUAUGCACUCUAAAAAUACUUUUGUCAAUCAAGAGAUGACAGAACAGCCUACACAAGUAUGGGAAAACCGUGGCUCUCGAAGUUAUAGUCAGGUUGUUGCUGACGCUCAAGUUCAUAAUGAAAAUAAUCAAGAACCAGCCUCAGAGGAAGGAAAAACACCUUUAG